CGGCCCGACAGGGCAAGGGAAGGACGAUCUGAGAUGCCGAUGGCACUGGCACUGCAGUAGAGAGGGCAGAGAGACGGACGGGCCCAACCACCGUACGAUGGGAGCUGCGAAGGGCAAGCAGAUGAGGAGGGGCUUCGUUGAGUUUGGUCACUGGCUACAGACAAAGCUUGAAGCAGACAAAGAGAGCGAGCAAUGCACGACUAGUGAGUUUCUGAGGGCCAGGAUGGUUGGUAUGGUAGGUGCAGUACUGCAGUACAGUGGGAAGAUGGAGCAGAGAUGAAGAGGAAGAGGGGUUUUCGUUCAAUGGGAGACAUGCGGAUAUGGCUUCAGCGGGUUGAGGGCUCGUGGCACUGGCAUUGAGUCAAGCUGGUCGAUCGAUUGGCAGGCAGGGAGUUCGAGCUGGUUGUGCUGGCUUGUUGUUCAGGGACCGCAGUGCAGGAGGAGUGGGAAUUGGGUGGUAUGCUUCACAGUUGUUUGCCUGCGCCCGUGCCUCACGCCUGUUACAGCCUGCGCUCAGUUACCGCGGGGCACUGGCCGGCUGGCAGGGCAGUUCUGUCACACCCGGAGCGGUACAGCACCCAGUACCUUGCCCCUACUACGAGUACUAAGGCACCUGCGACUGCUCGCCUGAGGCAACAUUGUGCGCUCUGCCCUGAUCAGUGAGACUGUUGAGACACUGCGACAGCCGCUAGUCGGAUCCAUCUCUAGCAAACACCCAGUCGGUAGCGGUGGUGCCAGUGCCAGAGUGUCCGAGAAAGGCGCAAAGCAUCCUCAAAAGAGCCCGGCGAGCGAGGUACCUUUCAGCUAGUACAAGCUGUGCGGUAGUGGCAUGUCACUGCUCUACAAGACUAUGUGCCCGAAAUCGAGUCUUUCCACCCACAUCGACGGCGCCAGAGAGUUGAUCGACCGUGGCAUCGAUGAUCGAGCAUCCACUGCAGCACCCGAUCCACAGUGCAGUCUUCCAGCGUACUCUAACUUUUCUUUUAUUGUUGUGUUGGUCUGAGGCUUGAACGCAUCGCAUCAGCCCACUGUCACUGGGGCCGGCAGUGGCUCACCUGUUGCGCACUGCAAACCAUGGGCUUUUCCAAGAGUGCCAUGUCCUCCCGCAGCCCUGUUUUCCUCCUUUCCCGUCUUCCUGCAUCUCCAACUGCUCUCGCUGGGCUUCCCACCAGUGAGCGCCACAAUCGGCACACAGAUUCCGGCCAAUCAGCACCGGCCUCCCUUCUAGAUGCUGGGUAAACAUAUCCGAUCGCUGUCCCUCGCGCCCCCUCUUGCACAUCGACGCUGUUCAUGGGAAUCUCCUGGCUCCCGGCUCCAUGCUGCCCCAUUCCAGUUAUUGAUUGCCCCUCGGCCAGCGUCACCGGCUCCAGCAAAGCCACCCACCACAACGAUUGCAGCCACAGACAAUCUCCUCCCUGUUCGUCAUAGCUCCAGCUUCCAUUAUUGUUUGUUCAUGUCAUGCAGUGGUUCAACCUCUGUCGGUAUGACUAAAAGAGAAGACCAUUACUAGUAUGGUUAAGGCUACCCUUGGUCCCCGGGUCCCUUUUCGUGGCGGCUCUCAACAAUGUGGCUUCGUGGUAGCUCAAGGCAGGGAACAGGGAUCUGGAGAAGAUGGAAGCCCAAGUGGAAGGAGCGACAGGCUUCUGGAACAACCAACCGUCCCAUGUGCGACAGGUUCAAGUUCGACAGCCGAACGACCAGGUGGUUCAACUGGAUUCAUUUCUGUGCUUUCUUCUCACGAAGGCCAUGCACGGUAUCACCCGUUGUACAGUUGGGCCGUUACAGCACAACUCAUCCCCAGACACAGAUUCGAGGUACAAGGAUAUAUCGGCUAUGUCAUCAUAUGUCAUUGUGCAGUAUAGAGCCACCUCGCCCCGAAAGAACAGCGGCGCGGGAUGAUGAAAGCUCACGCCUCUGCCGCUCCCGGACAAUCCUUCCGGCGCGAUGCUCCCCCACUGCAACCGCAAUGGCGAGGCCCUGGCCGUUGUCGCAGUACCGAAGGCCCACCGUCUGGUUUCUCCUCGGCGAGCUAAGACAUCCCAAUGCUGUGAGAAUAAUGACAUCUGCGACAAUGAUAUAAUUGUUGUACACAGUCGGCUCCGAUGCCCCACUGCCAAGGAACACUUACGUCAGCUGCGCUUCCUAAACCUCGCUAUCGACCCUAAAUAACGCUCGACAACGACGUCGACGACGAGGUUUACCACUCUCUAGAAUAAUCUAUAGACCGUACGAGAUAUAGUAUUCUCUCCGAUUUCUAUAGUAUAUAUAGGAGUACUCUAUAUACUAUUAAGUAGAUAGAGCGAGAGUAAAUAUAAUAAUUUUAGCGUACCUACUAAUAGUUAUAAGCCCGGUUUACGACUAACUACCC